AAAGAUGUUGAGCUGGUGGCGCGUCAUCGUCAACAUAGUGAAAUAUUAAACGUCAACGCCGGGGCGAUUGAAAUGCAAGAUUUUGGUGCAGGUGGUGGUGAUGUUACGACCAUCGAGCUGGAUGUUGCGACCAUCGAGGUUCUAUGAACUGCAAAAGUAUCGCAUUCGUAUAAAUGCAUUACAAAUUUCCUCAGCAUGAGAAAUGAAAUUUGUAAUGCGAGCUUACCUAUAAGAAAAAGACUGCAUGAUUGCAAUACGAGUACGGUACUUUUGCACAGGAUAGGUUCACCCACGACUUCAGCAUCCCUCCUCGCGGGGUGAGGAUCUUCAUACGAGGCUUUCAGCCAUAGAAGCAUCUGAGGAAAACUCGUCUGACGGGGACGAGGAUCCUCUUCCGCCAGACUUUGUCCGCACGUCUAGUUCUAUCAAAUGUAAAAAUGUCUGGGUCUGGAACAAAGCAACUUGUCAUGCUAAAUCUGAAUCAUGCAAAAAUCUGUGUUGCAUGAUUACCAAAAGCUGUCCACUUUUGACCUAGUCGCGAGGCAGUUUCUCAUGCAGGAUAGGCAUGAUAGAACUCUCGCAGAAUCUGUCAUGCUAUCUCCUUCAUACCAGACCUCAUGGGCCAUGGAAAACCUGCAUGACAAUUCUGGCACUCUUCCAGACCCAGACACUUUUGCAGUUGAUAAGUUCGCACUCCGGCGUUGCCGACGACGAUCACGGGGGUUGUCUUGGGGCAAUAGAGAUGGUCGAAAUGGGCAGAGUUGUUGAUGAUGAUCAGCAUGAUCAUUCGACGCAGGAGCACCUCCCGGCGCACCCGAAUUCAUCUUCAGGGGGCUUCCGAACAGCUAUGAACGCGAACAACAAGAAUGCACAGAAUUUGCGUAACAGCGUUUCCUUUCAGGAGUUCGUGAACCGCGAACGAAUUACUCCGGAUGACAGCGCGAGUCAGCGGGGCUCUGCGUGUAGUUCCGGUGAUGAGGAGGCGGACAAAAAAAACCCAGGAGAUAUCAAAAACGGAAAGAAAGACGAAGCGCCAGCAGCCCAGCAAGAGGGGGCGGGCAGUAAGAUAGAUGCAGAGACUGCUCCCAGCAAAACGACCUGUUGCGGAAAGUUGAAGAAGUGUUGCGCCAACCUACUUUGGGUCCUGUGGAACCCGUGUACUGCGCUGCUAAGAUGUUGGUCCGGGAAGGAAAGUGAUCCGGAGAAAAAGGCGGAAGAGAUUCGGAAGAAGCAGGAUAUGAAGCGCAUCGAGCGGGAGGCGCGCAUCGAGAUGCAGCGAGUCGCGGACGAGCAGGCCGUAUCAAGUGCAAAAAUGUCUGGGUCUGGAAGAACGCAAGUUUGUCAUGCUUGUCUCACAUGACUCUUAAAUUUGUCAUGCACAUUACCCAAGAGCCCCAUUUUUCUGUCAUGCAGAAACGCAGUCCGUCAUGCAGAAUAGGCAACACCAAGAAGCUCAGAAACUUGUCAUGCUGAGCCAGCACUUGUGGCCUCCUCAUGAUACGCCACCCGGCAUCACAAGUUUUUAGACCCAGACAUUUUUACAUUUGAUAGGCCGCCACGUUGUGGAGGAAGUACGGGGUGCCGAUUAUGCUGUGUAAAACCGUCCCCACCCCAUAGUCAAGAUGGGAAAUCAUGCUAGACAAAUCAACAAGCUUUGGUUGUUGCGGAUGACAAGUUUCUCCUCGUAAUGUCAUCCUGUUUAGCAAGCUCAGCAGCAUCACAGACCUCGCAUAUCAUGCAGAUUGGAGCAUGACAAAUUCCGAAACACGUCUAGAGAAUGCUUCUUAUGCGGCUCCGCGUGAGAAAUAUUUUCAGCAUGCAGAGUUGCAUUAGGGUAAGGACGUUUUUACAUAGGAUGCCGAUGCAUUUUGCCACCCUCGCCUUCCAGGAAGACGGGCUGGAGGCGAAAUUUUGUUGGGACCACGUGCGGCGGAACAAACGGUUCCUCCGGUACGCCGUGUCGGUCGUUCCUCUGGUCAUGCUCGCCAUGGUCAACAGCAGCCGACACGCCAGCUAUCGGGCAAUCUUGGUCGACCCUCUGGUUAUGGUCGCGCCAGGGUUACUCCUCCUGCAUUUCCUCCUCGGGGUGUGUACCAGUUUGAUCUAUCGGAACUUCGACGUCAUCAUGUUUCUGUUUUUCCUCAUCUCCAGCGUUGUGAUGGUCUUCACCAUCACCGUCGCCCGUUACGAGAGUGCUGCAGAACCCCUCCUCCUCCUCAUUUGUAUAGCAUGAGGAGCUGCAACACACGCAACAGCAGAAAUGUUGGUCGCGCAUGACAAAUCUGCGCACGGAUUGGAGUACUGUAGUUUGAGGCUCCACCGAGAUUUGUCAUGCGGACAGUACGUAGAGGCAGGAUGUGGAUUUCGUAUUUUGCAUUACAAAUGAGGGGGAGGAGGGGAGUUGUGCAUUCUCAUACCCGUCCGCUCGUUUUGGUCGAGUUUGACCACGACCGCGACCACUGGCGGCCGCCGGAGGAUAUCAAAGUGGAAAAUCCCCCCUCCCCAUAUUGAAAUGGAAAUCUGUGAUGCGGGAUUUGUGUACACAAAUCGCGUCUGUCUUGCAGCGCGGCACUGCAGGCAGAGCCUAAGCCUGUGUAGGGGUGUUUUGGUGUAGCAGGUGCUUAGCAUAGCAGAGGCCUGCCAUGUUGGUGAAACAGCAUCACAAACCGCCUCCAUAGGGCGGCGGAUUCUUUGGAUUUGCCGUCUUGCAAGAGAGACAGGAUCUAUGGUGACAAAUCAGCAGCACAAAUUUUUAGGAACAUACCUUUUCAGUAUGGGGAGGGUGGAUUUUUCAUCGCAAUAGAGGAGACCCGCUUUUUGCCCUUGGCGACCAACAUGCAACUGGUCACCUUUGUCGUCGUCAGCUGCACGUUGUUCCGCCAGAAAUUCCUCAUGCAGGUGUGCAGCGCCGUGACCCUGAUUCUCUUGCUGUACGGGGCGUACUUCCUGGCGCUGUCCCGACACGCGACCAUCGACGGAUGGCGGAUUUGUGGCUGCACCGAGUACGGAAUUACCGUCAUCGACUCGAACUUGGAAACGGGAAACAACAAGUCGAUCCCUCCGGGUACGUCCCAGGCGGAGGACCGGCUCCACUCGCUGCACCAGUUUUUCGACGUGCCAGAGUUGACGCAGGAAGAGGACCGCGCGUACGCUAAUGUGGGCGAGCAGUGCGACAUCCAGCGGACGUCCUGGUGCGUUUUCAACCG